GAACCGUCGUUAGGUUGCGUCAGCCGCUGUCGACGCCUCAGCCUGCGACGCGCGAGCCCCGUCUCGUCGCCGCCACUCUCCGAUCCGGGAAAACCUCCGCCGGCAUCGCCGCCGCCUUCGAGUAUCCGCUCGAUGCAGAGAAUCGCCAUCGCCGUGAAUCCGCGUCUCUCUCUUCCCUCCGCCUUCGCCAGAGUCCGCUCCCGCAAGAUGAGCGCCAAACCUUCGCCGGUCUCUCCCAAGUUCGUGCCGGUCGAUGGCGCCGAUAUUCACUCCAGGAGCAAACCUGACGGUUUGAGGUUCCGCCUUGUAUCGUAUAAUGUAUUGGCUCAGGUGUAUGUGAAAAGUUCUUAUUUUCCACACUCUCCAUCGCCUUGUCUCAGGUGGAAAGCUCGUUCUAAGGCAAUUUUAACCGUUCUUAAAAACCUUGGCGCUGACUUUCUUUGCCUACAGGAAGUGGAUGAAUACGAUGGAUUUUACAAAGGCAAUAUGGAAAUUCUUGGUUACUCCAGUCUAUAUAUUCAGAGAAGUGGACAGAAACGUGAUGGUUCUGGCAUUUUUUAUAAGCAAGACAGGGCUGAGUUAGUUUUGGAGGAGAAGAUAGACUACAAUGAUCUUGUGAACUCAAUUCAAGAUAAUGAGGAUGGAAGUGCUUAUAAGGAUUCUUUUGAGCAAUCUAAAGGAAACGGAAAUAUUCAUACAAAUCCUGCUUCCACAAAUGCUCCUGAGAACCGUGGAGAUCCCAAUGAUCCUCGUGUAAGAUUGAAACGCAAUUGUGUUGGAAUUUUAGCUGCAUUUAGACUCAAGGAUCCGUCUUGCCAUGUUAUUGUUGUGGCCAAUACCCACAUUUAUUGGGAUCAUGAAUGGGCUGAUGUUAAGCUUGCUCAAGCCAAUUAUCUUUUAUUGCGGCUAGCCCAAUUCAGGGAUCUGGUUUCAGAAAAGUUUGACUGCAUUCCGUCUGUUAUUGUGGCUGGUGACUUCAAUUCAACUCCAGGAGACAAGGUUUAUCAGUGCCUUGUGUCGGGUGACCUUUCGUCGACAAUACCAGAAAUAGAAUGUUCAGAGGAGCGUCCUAUUCCUCUGCGAAGUGUUUAUGCUUCUACUAGAGGAGAGCCAUCAUUCACCAAUUGCACUCCUGACUUUACCGGUACCCUGGAUUAUAUAUUCUUUUGCCCUUCCUCAGACAUCAAGCCCGUCGGUUUCCUGGAGCUUCCUGGAUCAGACUCGGAGGAGGUGGUCGAUGGGCUGCCAAACUACUACCAUCCGAGUGAUCAUUUGCCAAUUGGUGCUGAAUUUGAACUUGUUUGCGACAAAGUCUGUUGAUCUGGCUUGCAUUGCUUUGAUCAACCUUUUGGAUCACCCAUGCCCGGUUGAGGGAAACUUUGGGCUCCAGGUAAUUGAAAAGAAGCAUAAACAAGAGGUUGGCGAAUAAAAAUUUAAAUGAAAAGAUGAACUAUCUUUUGUACACUCUCCUUGGUUUUCAAUUACCAAAAUUCAUGAAUGACAGAGCUGGAACCAAAUUUAUGUGGAGAGAACCAUGUUACGGAGGCUCUAUUCCAUCAAGAGAUUAAUCUAUUUUCCUGGAUACCUCUCUUAAGCGGGACUUUUUCUCAUCAUAGCUUCAUUGACAAUCAUAGAACUUAGCAUGCCCUGUGGUGACCCCCUUCGAAAUCGAGAAUGUGUGAAAAAUGUUUUGGACCUUGUUUUUGGAAAGUGCUUCCUCCUACGAUAGUGUGUAUACUGGCUAUAGACCCGAAGAUUACAUUGGGAUUUGUUCAUGGGCAGGGUAAUUUUGUGUAUCUAUCGACAUGCUUUAUGG